UACAUUCACUUUACCUAAAUAUAUUUGUAAUCUGAUUUAGCAUUUAAAACAGGGUAGAACUUCAUUUGUAAUUCUGUAAUUUAUCAUUUAUGAUAAUAUGGUUAUAUUUAGACUUUAAUCAUAUGUAUUAUUAAUAAUCUGCUGCUACCAAUAUUCUUUUAAAGGCCAACUAUGCGUUCGUUUUCUAGAUGCAGGAUAGUCUAACAUUUUAAUAUUUUUUCAUAAUUGUACUCGAACUACCGCAACCCUAAAAUAAACUGUUUGAAAAUAUCAAGACCGAUAGGUUAUGAUGAUAGUCAGAAAUCCAAAUAUAAGUGCAAUAAGGUCAGUAUUUUCUGAGUAAAUUACGAUAGGCCUGCUGCAAAAUAUUCUGGAGAUUAUUAUUUAAUUGUAUUUAUUUUUUAAAUGAAUACAUUUAAUUAAUGUUUUUUUUCUUUUUCUUUCCUUAUUAUUAUUGGGGUUUUUUUUUUGGUUUUUUUUUAACCAAAACAUAAAAUCAGUGGCAUCACGUGCGGCCGUAGUUUCUGUUCAAACUAAAAGAUGCUAGAGCUGCAGCUCAGAGGAGCAGCUGAGGGUCAGAGGACAUCACCGGCUUAUCUGAGCCGCUGUCCCCGGUGCUGAAGCAGGAUCCCCGAAUCCCAUCAUAACCAGACCAGACCUGAGCAGGAGGGCCCGAACAGAGGACAGAGACCCAAAUAUCAUCUGCAGACUCAACAAAAAUAAAAAUUAAAAAUUAAUCCAAACAAAUAGACAGAAAAUCAAAAAAACAAAACAAAAAAAAAAACAACCCAUAAAUGAGUGUUCUAUAAAUGAUGAGGCAGGUCUGACUCUGGCUUUGGAGGCUACAUGCCUCAGCCGGAGUGAACAAAGAGAGACAGGUAACAGUAAUGAUUACCAUCCAGCCUUGACCAUAUAAACUCAUCACUAUCUGCCCUGAUUAAGCUUUAGUGGCGCAUCUCCAAACUGCCUCCCACAUUUAGUGUUGUUAUACAGUAUGAACAGGUACUUGAGAUAGAGCUUACAGGCUGUAGUGCCCUGCAGGACAGGUCUGAUGUUCUGCAUGUUUGUUAAUUAGGGUGAAUUAAUGAAUUAGAACUGGGGUUCGCCUCCUCCUGGUGGCUUGGUGGGAAAGCGCACCCUCAAUUGUAAUUUCAUUAAAACAACUUGAGACUGUGGCAGCAGAGGAAACACAGCAAACACUAUACAAAGAGUUUCCCCUCGGUGAUCAAUAAAGUAUUUCUGAUUCCGACAAGCAAAUAGGCCGAUAAUGUGAGUGAAACUGUGAAAUUAGGCUCGUCCCUCUUUUCAUUACAGCGAACCAAAUGCUGCUGUGAGGAGAAGAAGUGUAGAUUCAUUUCUGCAAUUUGUAACAACACAACCCAAAUAUACAUACGGACUCAGUAACGGGUGUCUAUAUAAUGUGAUCACACAGUUCGAGGAACAAAAAUCACAUACAGGCCGAAUCAGUGAAGCCACAAAAUGUGUAUACAAAAAAAGUUAGUUUAAAAAGUGUCAUUAUGUUUUUAAUGUGGCAUCUUAAUCAUCUGAUUGGGCUAAAUUGCGCUGCGUAAAAAUGGAACAAAAAAUGCGUCGUCACACCUACGUCAAAGCAGCAGCUAUAAAUGAAUGUUGACAGUGGAUUUGAGCAGUAGAAUUUAUUUUUAAAAGUCUGAACUCCGCUGACUUGUGUCGGGUAUUACCUCCCCUCAGGCAGCGAAGCACGCUGUUACAAGCACACCUUGUUUUCUAACAGCGCUGAGGAAGAAGUGAUGUGGUGUAUAAGAAUGAUUUAUAUGUAAAAUAAUAAUUAGAAUUAUUAUUGUUAUUAUUAUACAUGUUUGUUUUAACCAUUUUAACAAGAUACUUACAAUAUACCACCACGAGCAAUAAUAAUAAUAGGACGUUUUUACUAACUAUUAAAGCGUUUAUUGUUAUUAUAAAACAUUUUAAGUAAUUUAAGAUGGCCAAAUCUAAGUAUAACGGCGCGUGCAUAGUCCUACUCUAUUAUUCUAUUAGAAAGAAUAUCCAAACACUUCAGUUCAUUUUAUCUUUCUCAACUUUCACAACUGCUGCUGAGUUUGAACGCUCCCAUUUACAAGUCGGACAAUAACGCCUGUCGCCUGUGAGUAAGCAGGCCUACACUAAAGGAGGGAGGGAGAUGUGGGUGGAGGAGGAGGAGGUGAUGGUGGGAGGGUGGGGGUGACACCCUUUGCAACAAACCUGCCCACUGUAACAAAGCUAGGGCGCACACAGGCGCUGACGGGCCCUGAUGCUGCGCUGUUUGGGGGAUAAAUGGCUCCACUUGGUGCUGUGGCUUCCAAAGCACGGGCAGCCCGCGGACAGAGAGCAGGGAGCGCGCGCACAUACACACACGCGCGCGCGCACAUUCAUACACACACAUACACACACACACACACACACACACACACUGCUUUCACACACUGUCUGGAUGCACAAAAGGCUGCACAAUUUGUGAAUGACUGUUAUAUCAGGUCUAGGGAAGCUUUUUUUUUUUUAGACAAAAAAAAACAACAACAUAUUUUUGAGGGUUAAAAUGUAGUCUGUCCACUCAGCUGAUGGAUAAACACAUUUGAAGUGGGAUUUGAAGUUAUCUGAAACAGAAAUAGCAUUAAAUCUUUUGGAUAAAUCGUAGGCUGGCAUUUUUCUUGAUGAACCAAGGACAUAAGCAGGCACCCCACCAUGGAUGUUACAAUGGAGGGGGUUAAACCAGAGAUGUUAAGAGCUCUGUUGUUGACAUGUGCGACUGUGUUGUUCUCCCUCCACCUGUGGCGGCGGCUCCGGCUGCGGUCGAUCCGCAGCCCGCCCGGUCCGCUCGCCUGGCCGGUCAUCGGGAACGCUGCGCAAGUUGGCAAGGCACCGCACCUGUAUUUUACGCGCAUGGCGAAGAAAUACGGCAACGUCUUCCAGAUUAAACUUGGCUGUCGGACCGUGGUGGUGCUGAAUGGGGACUCCAUAAAACAGGCGCUGGUCAAGCAGGGACCCGAAUUUGCCGGCAGACCGGACUUCACCUCCUUCAAGUACGUCUCCAACGGGGACAGCGUCGCCUUCAGCACCAUCACGGACUGGUGGAAAAUGCACCGCAGACUGGCCCAAUCCACUGUCCGGAUGUUUUCCACCGGGAACCCGCACACCAAAAAGACAUUUGAGCACCACAUUCUCUGCGAGGUCAAAGAGCUGCUGCAGCUCUUUGUGGGGAAAACCAAGGCGCACGAAUAUUUCCAGCCCAUGACAUAUCUCGUGGUGUCCACAGCCAACAUAAUGAGCGCGGUGUGCUUCGGGAAGAUGUACUCAUAUGAGGACGAGGAGUUUCAGCAGGUGGUGGGCAGGAACGACCAGUUCACCAAAACAGUGGGGGCAGGGAGCAUAGUGGACGUGAUGCCCUGGCUCCAGUACUUCCCAAACCCCAUCAAAACCAUAUUUGACAACUUCAAGAAGCUCAACAUGGAGUUUGGCGUGUUCAUUCGAGAUAAAGUUACUGAACACAGGAAAACAAUCCAGUCAGGCACCAUCAGGGAUAUGACAGAUGCUUUGAUAGUGGCGCUGGACCAACUAAGAGAUAAAACAGGGCUUUUAUCAGGGAAGGACUACGUGUCCCCCACUGUUGGGGAUAUAUUUGGAGCAAGUCAAGACACGCUGUCAACUGCGCUGCAGUGGAUCAUCCUCAUACUUGUCAAGUAUCCUGAGAUUCAGGUACGUCUCCAGCAGGAGGUGGACAAGGUGGUGGACCGCACCCAGCUCCCCUCCAUCGAGGACCAGCUGAAGCUGCCUUACGUCAUGGCCUUCAUCUACGAGGUGAUGCGCUUCACGAGCUUCGUGCCACUCACCAUCCCCCACUCCACCACCACGGACACCUCCAUCAUGGGCUACACCAUCCCAAAGAACACAGUCAUCUUCAUCAACCAGUGGUCCAUCAACCACGACCCAGCCAUGUGGUCCCAUCCAGAGACCUUUGACCCCCAGCGUUUCCUGGACCAGAACGGAGCGCUGAACAAGGACCUGACCAGCAGCGUGCUCAUCUUCUCCCUGGGCAAGCGCCGGUGCAUCGGCGAGGAGCUGUCCAAGCUGCAGCUGUUCCUCUUCACGGCCCUGAUCGCCCACCAGUGCCACAUCACUGCGGACCCAGCCAGGCCGCCCAAACUGGACUACAGCUAUGGGCUGACUCUGAAACCUCAUGCCUUCUCCAUAGCAGUGUCGCUGCGUGAAGACCCGAGGCUGCUGGAUGCGGCUACCAGGCAGGCCUUCACUAAGGAGGUCGAAGGCGAGCCCUCAUCAGACUCAUAAAAAAACAAAUCAAAACUGUAAUAAGCAAAAAAAAACAAAACAAACAAAAAACAAACAAACAAACAAACUGAAGGCUGAAACACAAAAAGACUUAUGAACUAUAGCUCAUGUUUGUGGGCUGAAAACUAUAUUUAUAAGCUGAAAUCUCAGGCUAAAUUUUUAUCCUUUAAACAUUGUUUUAAAUGCUCAACAUGAGUUGAGACGGAGUGAAUAGUUGUGAUCACCGAUUGCUGACUUAUUUUUAAGUAUUAUAAUGCCAGGCGGGAACAGACGUGGCAUCUGUUUCACAGGAGACAUGGCGUAGUGCAGUGCGUACACGCCACGUCUCACACGACCAGCAGUUCACCUGGGAUGAAUCUGGUCUCUUACAACAUCAAACACAAUCUGACAUACCCUUAGCAAUUAGCAUCUUCUUUUGAUUCAUCAAGGUGGAGGAGUGCAGUCAGCUGCACAUCGACACCGCAGAUCAGCCUCAACCAGAUCUCAGCACAGGCAACAUUGUGGUUACAGGAGUUUGAAGCUUGAAUAGCUGCUGUAACACACCCCUGUGAUUUUAGUGUGAAUGCCAUUGCUGCAAGGAUUUAUUAGUAGAAACCAUCAAGCUUACAGGGACAUCAUACUGUUGUCAUGCUGUCUAUUAACAUUUUUGCCGUCAGAUAAAAAAGACAAAAAUGUAUCUCCAAAACGUCUGCUUUUCAGGAAUCCCUUUAAUUUGGCCAUUCUUAGUCAUUUUAUUUAAUGUUGUUUUUCUUAAUAAGGGUUCCAAAACUUUCUAAUGCAAUAUCCUAAACUCAUCAAAAGAUACAAAAAUAUGUGAUAGUUGAAGGUUAACAAUCAAAACUGGAGUUACAAGAUUUUUAUGUAACACAAGUAAUGUAUCUAAGGUCAGACUCCUGACCGAUGCAGUGAUUCUGCAUGAACAGGCGAAUAAGCUCAUGGAGUGCAUCAGCCCUUAAGUCUAAUGUCUAAUAAAAUAAAAUGUUCAGUACUAAGUGUAGUUGUUGAUAUAUAGUGUAAAAGCUCUGUUACUCAGGAAUAAUAUUUUUUGGCAUUUAUUUGAAUUAGAAUGCUUUUGAAAGUCAUCUAAUAUAUUCUGAAACCUACUGUAGAUGCUGUUUGAAAGGACAAGGCAAAGGAGCGUAAAGGGUACACCAAACAGACCUGCUGCAAGCACUGCAUGUGUCUGUGAACUGCUAUCCAAUGCAUGUAUGAAAAGACAAAUAUUAGAUCAGUGUUAUUUAGUCAUUUAUUUCUCUUUUUUUGUUACUCACUCAAAGGUUUUGUUUAUGUCUGAAUGUUGUAGCAUGCUGCUCUAUGGAAAACCUUUCACCCCGUCUUUUAAUUUCCACGCUCAAGAUGCCAGUAACCAAAUUAUGUCUUCUUCAUGUUGUUUUAUUUACAGAAAUAUUCAUGCUGUCAAAAUGAGGGUUGGGACACUGGGGGUCAUUUUUUAAAAUGUUUUGUAGACUCAUCUAAUUGCUGUCUCAGCAUGGGAGACUAUUACACUGAAGUCUUGGAUUUGAGCAUUUGUUGGCUUCCUGCUAAAUCAUUCUGGAAUAAUGUAAUUCAUCUUUGAAAUAGCAGGUGACUUUAAGCAAAUGUUAACAGACCUGGUAUUAGUUAUUUGUAUGUCUUAGUAAAUAUCAAUCUAUCCAUUGAAUGGAGCCCAGUGAAACAACAACCCUAACGUACAGCUAACUAAAGACAAACGAAAAGACUUAUAGUAUGACGGUCCAGGAUGAUCUUGCAGAAGUAAAAGCAUAAUCUUUGUGAAAAUGUACCACUGAUGGCAUAGUUCAACUGGUAAAGUCAGAGCAUUGCAUUGCUCAUCUUCCCUUUUCCUCAGUAAACUCAAAUGACAAAAUGUUCCGGUCCACAUACUGGUUGUGUCAUGAUAUGUUUGAAAUGACAUCUUUUGAAAUGGUGGCGUGGGUCACGGCCUCUGAGUCAUGUUAUAAAAUACUGCAUAUCAUGUAUUACAUACAGUACUGUUGUGUACCGUGCAGGAGAAGAACAUAAAAGGCAUAUAUCAAAACUCUGAAAAUCUUUUCAAAAUAGCCUUUGUCACCAAAUAAUAAAAAGUUGAUCUGUUCCUAACAGCUAGUAUGUAAUAUAGUCAACAUGACGGGGGUCAAGAAAUACUUCAAAUCCAAACAUUUACACUGUCUUUACCUCAGAUGCUUCUUUUGUAGAACUAUACGAAUUAUAUAAGUGAAACAAAAGACAUUAAUUAAUGCUCACUGUAGCAAUACUAAUAAAGCUUUUGACUACACAUACUGUAAGUGCAGCUGUGAUGUUGCUCUUAUUUUAGUAUUUUUUCAGUCUGCUUGCCUGCAAGUUGUUGUGAAUGAUAUUGCACAGUUACAUAAUAAACAGACACUUAAACUAUUCUUUUGUUUGUCACUGAUGUAGUCUUAAUCAGGUUUAAAAAAAAAAAGGUUUAAAAAUGUAAUUGACACCUUUACAAUUUACACUUACAAUUCCUAAGCAGAGAAAGCAGCGUCCAAUAAAAAACUUUGCAACAAUA